UAUUUAGUAUAUGGGAAUAGUGUAAGCUGACGGGUAUCAAAACAUGAUGAUAAAGUGACAAUUUCAUGAUUAUUGCAUUACCUUCGUUAAUAUAACUGUAAUAGAAAACUGCAAAUUAGUGAUGCAGUAACGUAAACAAAAACAAAAACAUUGAUUUAAAUAAGAUAACGAUAUUUUUACUUCAUUUUUGAAUAAGGAUAAGUUCGUUACAAUCAGUGGGAAAUGUCAAACAGCUUAUAUAAAUAUUUGUUAACAGCGUAUAUAAAUAUAACAUAUGUGGAAAUCCUUUGAAUAUUGAUUACUGAUUCUUACACGUAAUUAUAUCGUUGGUACAGAUCAAACAAUUUCUUAUUGUUACAAUGUCACAAGCCGAUACUACUACUGCUUCAGUAUCUAAUAAUCAAAAUGGCGCGGUGGCACAUAAUAAUCGUACUUUCACUGGUGUUAUUGGACCAGCUUUAAAUAAUAAUAAUAUGAAUACUGCAAGGAAUAAUAAUAAUCAGAAUCCAUUAUUUAAUGUGCGAGAUAGAUUAUUUCAUGCAGUUUUCAUCAAGGCUGCAUUAGCUUAUGCACGAACAUUUCCGCGACCUGUUAGAAGAUUUAUAGAGUUCAUAGUUUUGUUAAAAGCAAUACUGGCUUUUUUUGUACUCACUUAUAUUCACAUAGUAUUUUCGCGAGCACCAACAAAUUGUUUAGAACACAUAAGAGAUGAUUGGCCACGAGACGGUAUAUUAAGGGUAGAAAUUCUUAGAAAUGGAGGCGAAGAUUAUAGCAUAGAAAAAAGUUAUGCGAAAGAGGAAAAGUUACGACAAGAAAAGAUUGAUGAUUUGGCUAGUGAUUUAGGGAUAUUGACACAAGAUGGGUUUAUAAAUAUCGAGCCAUCUUCUGUCGAUGAGGGGCAAGAAACAAUUCAUGUGUCUAAUGAAGAUAACUACGAAAAUGUUACUUUACCUAUAAAAAGUGUGGACAUAACGAGUUCAACAAUUUUUGGAGAAACGCAAUAUCCGAAUUUAAGUACAACGAAUGCAACGAGAAGCCCGUCAUUAAAUGGAUUUUUAAAUGGAUUGAAUGGACCCGGAUCAGAGACAUCAAUUAAACAUAUGUUAGACAUAUUACAACUGAUAAAUGUACAACAGGAUAAUGCAACGCUGGAACAAGAAUCUGAUAAAGACGAAGUGAUUCAGCCUUUAAAAGAUCAUUCUGCGGAUGUCGAGAAAGUAUCAAGAACAGUACUUCCAGAGGAUGGAUAUAUUGUGGAAUAUUCCUUGGAGUAUGGCUUUUUGAGAUUAUCACCUGCUGCACGACAAAGAUUAAAAAUACCAGUGAAAAUUGUUACGUUGGAUCCAGUAAAUGAUAAAUGUUUUGGAGAUGCAUUUUCAAGAUUAAUACUGGAUGAAUUCUUGGGUUAUGAUGAUCUGCUAAUGGCAAGUAUUAAGACAUUAGCAGAGCACGAAGAUAAUAAAGGUUUCUUAAGAAAUGUUGUAACCGGUGAACAUUAUCGUUUCGUUAGCAUGUGGAUGGCAAAAACUUCGUAUCUCGCUGCAUUUUUUAUCAUGCUAGUAUUCACCGUGUCGAUAUCGAUGUUGCUUCGUUAUUCUCAUCAUCAGAUCUUCGUUUUUAUCGUGGAUCUCCUACAAAUGUUGGAAUUCAACAUGCCGGUGUCGUUUCCAGCCGCAUCCCUUUUAACGGUGAUUCUGGCAUUGGUCGGUAUGGAAGCAAUAAUGUCGGAGUUCUUUAACGACACCACCACUGCAUUUUACAUCAUAUUGAUAGUUUGGAUAGCCGAUCAGUACGAUGCUAUAUGUUGCCACACGGCUGUUACGAAAAGACAUUGGUUAAGAUUCUUCUAUCUGUAUCACUUCUCCUUCUACGCAUAUCACUAUCGAUUUAAUGGACAGUACAGUAGCCUGGCAUUGGUGACAUCUUGGCUGUUCAUACAGCACUCGAUGUUGUACUUCUUCCAUCAUUACGAAUUACCGGUGAUACUGCAGCAGGCACAAUUGCAACAACUUCUCCUACGCAAUCCACCUCAACCGACUCAGCCGCCGACGCCUAGUACGGCGCCAACGACGCCUGGACCGUCGCCCACUACGACGCCAUCAUCUAGUCCGAGUCCGUCGACACCAACGACCGAGCAGACGCAACAAAAUUACAUCGCCGAGUUAUCGCAGUUAGAUCCUGAUCCUAAUAACGUUCAGGAGGAUGUCGUUGAACAAAUCUCUUCCUCAACCGUAAUAGAAUCUACGAGCGAUGAUCGGCAAACGAUACGUUUGGAGGAGGAAACGAACGGGACGAGUGAGGAAACUCUCGCAGAAUUUUCACCAACCUUGGAAGUUGGAGCGAUGGAAACUAUGGAUGGUGGUUGUUCGUCGGUGGACACUUCGAUGUCUGAAGGUUUCGAGGUGAUCGAGGCUACCGAAGCUGGCCGAAAGGAAAUAACGAUUACAUCAGCAACAACAGAAACAACGACAACGACGACGACAACGACGGCAACGAAAAC